GAACUGUCCAUGUCCAAUCCAUCCAAAAUGCAUCCAAAGAAGUGAAUGAAACGUCGGAUCUAAUUGAUGUUUCUCUCUUAUGUUUUAAUUUAAUUUCAUGAAACGCCUAUGUUAUUUUUGCAUUGUUAACGAUGGAAGAAGAAGAUCCUGUUGUUCAAGAGAUCCCAGUGUUUUUAUCUCAGGCGUUGGCUAGUAACUUGUACAUAUAUCAGUACCCCGUGAGGCCGGCGAACAGAGAAUGGAAGGAUGUUAAUGUGGUCAAUGCAUUUAUCAAGCCUAAUAAUCAGCUGGUACGGUUGGAAGUGGGGUUGGAUACCUACAGCGAUAAGUACUGCUCGUCUAAAGGGGAGCAGAUCGCCAUAAACACCGAUGGCCAACAGGAAUCAAGGUACAUUAAGGACAAAGAGCGGGAGAAGGCUCAGUACUUUAACAGCGGGAUUAUGGACAAGAUGGCGUUUGAGAGCAGUGCGCCAUGCCCGGACACACAGCACUAUGCAGUAGCCAUUUUACAGGAUAAGGAGCUGCACUGCACACCAAUUAAAGGGAUUGUGCAAAUGAGACCAUGUUGCUCCUAUUACGACAAGCAAGACAAACGGAAGAAUGAUAAAAACAAGGCUGAAAACUCUGAUGAUGAAGAAAAAGAACCUGAGGCUCAACAGGUAACAGUGAAAUUCGCCCGGCAAGAAACGGACGUGGCAAAGAAGGCCCGGGAGAAAUCGUACGAGUCAGUGUCACAGCGAAUCGCCGAAGAGCCGUGGUACCACGCGCUAUGGAAGCAUGCCGACACGGACUAUGCAGAUCUGGAGCGCCUGAAGUUAUUCAGCGCGACGCCAGGACAAGGCUCCGCGCUGUCGCUCCGCGGGCGCGAGUACGUGCGAGCCCUGGUGCCGCCGCCGCCCGCCGACGAGGCCCAAGCGGCCCCCAAGCGACGAGACCCGGUCGACCAGCUUGCUGAUAUACUUAACAAUGCUAAACUGAUGACGUUUGACGAUCUCCGCUCGCUGAUUCGCACGGAGUCCGGUCCGCUCAGUGAAUCCGCACUGCUAUCCCUACUCAGCGGCCACGCGUGCUGUGUCCGUGGACUGUGGACGGCGAGAUCGUCGGCCCUCGGUGCUGGCGCUACGGCCGCGUUGUGGCGAGCUGCGAGGGACCAUGUGCUUUACCUGUUCACCCAGCACUCGUACAUCGACCGGCGGAAGGUAGCGGCGGCGGUGCGUCUCCCGCCGCAGGACGUGCUCGACAUCAUCCGCUCCGUCGCCAAGUUCAACCCCAAGACCGGCUGGGAGCUCCUCAUCCCCCCCGACGCAGCCUUCGAGGCCAAACACCCCGAACUUAUCCAACGACAAAACCUCUACUGGGAGGCCAGGCAAAGACUAUUCAAUGAGAUGCUCAUAGGAGAAACAGUUCCCAAGCGACAGCGGAAAAAAUCACAAAGAGACUCCAUCAGCUCUGAUAUCAUGAGCCCGAAAGCCAGGACCAAUAGUGUAAGCGAAGAAGACAGUGGAAAGAGAAAGAAGUCAGUGACUGGUGGGAAACGGACUAGGAAUGUGAGCUCUAGCAGUGCGCAGGAUACGUGAUUGUGUGUGUAGAUAGGUUAUCAAAUUGUGUGGUGACACUGGUGACGUGUUGUUUAAAGCUGAUGGAGCCAGACUGGACGCUUUAGAGAGGUAUGGAAUAUACAAGUAUUUAAAAGAACAGUAGGUAGCAUCAUAACCAUUGACUACAAUUGCAUUGUUAGUGUAGUUUUAGUUGACAAUUGAAUGACUGGGAAAUGUACCAUGCGCAAAAUAAUCUGCUUUACUACGUCAAUCAAGUUCUGCGACUUUUUUUGGAUAACUAGUACUGCUGCAAUGUGGGAAAGACAUUGUACAGUUCACAAGUAGGUCUCUAUUUAGGCCGGGUUUACUGUUGAUGCUGUCUGCUUCGCACAGCAAAGAAUCCCUUUGUAUUUGAUCUUGAAAAAUUGACGCGGCAAAAGACGACCUAACUGAGAGUUCCAAACCAUCAAAAAUUAUAGGGCUCACUUACAUUGUUUAUUGAUGAAUGAUGUUUAAACUUAAAAUAAUAUGUUGUAAAGAACAUAUGCUAUUCAAAACAUUCUAAAUCCCUAGAAAAACUGAAUGAUGCCUAGGUAAAACCUUGGUGAAAGUCAAAAUUAUCCACGUUUUUAUCAUGUGAAUUUAUAAAUUUUGUUAAAAAAAAUGUUUAAAUUGCUAACCACCGACGGGACCGACAUCUGUAUUUUAAAUUAGUGCUGAAUAUAAAAUAUAUUUAAAAUGCAGUCAUAAAAAUCGUGUUAAAUUGGUGUUUUAUAUUAUAGCACAAUGUUAUUUUAUGAGACACUUAUUAUUGUGACCUGUAAGUACUGUAAUCACAUUAACCUUGCCAAAACUGUGGCCACAUUUCGAUUUUGCCUCCUGUAGUAAAAAAUAAGGUUUUUGUUAUUCUAAAUGUAUUUUCAUUUAAUAAAUAAGAAAAUGCAAUGUCAGUUAGCUCAUUUCGAGCUCUGUUUAAUUACAUAAAUAUUAUUUUUCUAAUGUAGUGUUUCCAAUUAUUGUUACCUACUCUUGUUAGCCAAAAAAUAUUUGGGAAAAAAUAACUGUAUAAAUAUGCAAAAAUAUGUGGUUAAAUGUUAUAUCAGCAAAAAACAUUAUUUAUUAAUUGAUUCAAAAUCCUCCAGUCUCCAGUGUACAAUAUUGACGUUAUUGUGCAGUCAUCUAAAUAACAACUAUGUGAUUUUUUUUAGGUUGUUACUUUUUUAACAAAAAUAAACUAUAUUAUUUAA